AUGGAGUGGGAAAAUUACAUGAAUGAGGAGUGGCAGGGCCUCAAAUCACUCUCUGAGACUUGCCGGAGACUGCACACCAAUGCGCAACCUAUAUUAUUUCACUCACUACGUCCUCGAAGCGACCAAAAUGCUUUUAUUAGGCUCAUAGCAAGCCGCCCCGACCUGGGAAGUUGGACACGGCAAAUAAGCUUCAGUCCCCUUGUCACACCCUUUGAUGACGAUGAUGCAGAUGAUAAGCAUUUUCAAGAACAGCUGGCGAAUUACAUCUGA